AUGGAGACCGAAUUAAAUUCAAUCUUGCAACAACAAACCCGUCGGAUAGAUGAACUUCAAAAACAGCUGCUAGAAAAUACCGAGCAACAAAAAACUAGUAAAGAAGAAGGCACACAAACCAUCACUGAUAGUGAAUUAAAUUUUACCAGUGGCGUUACAAAAGAGAUAAUCUCAUCUACGAAGGAAAUACACUUCUUGAAACGUGAACUAUUUGACCUUAAAGAAAACGAAAUAAAAAUAAAGCAAGAGUUAUUGAAAUAUAAGCAAGACUACGACUGUAUAAAAAAUGAAGAAAUUAAAAUGGAUCGCGUAAUGGAUGGUAUGAAAUCUACAAUUGAAUCGAUUUCUUCAGAAAAUAAGAAAUAUAUCCAGAAGUUGGAGAAAUUAAAACAUAAAUUAUUUAAACUUGAAAAGAUACUGAGGAAGGAAGCAAGAAUGAAAAGUAUCAAUAAAGAUAAGAUCCUCAAUAGGAUGAUGACUCUGAAGAUGAAGUUACAACGCUCGACUCAGCAGGAGGAGAAACACCAAUUCGUUUCAGAAUUAAUCGAGGAACAUAUCCCAAGUGAUAUCGGCUUAGAACCUUUCAAUUCGAAUGAAGAAAAAGGAAAUUCUGAAAAACCAAAAGAACCUGCAUCUGAGGCUGCUGAGAAGCGAAAUGAUCAGGUUCUCCAAAACGAGAUAGCUGAUGUCUCCACCUGGUUCCAGGGUGGUUCCGACUGGUUCCAGGGUGGUUCCGACUGGUUCCAGGGGGGUUCCGACUGGUUCCAGGGUGGUACCGACUGGUUCCAGGGUGGUUCCGACAGGUUUCAUGGUGGUUUCGACUGGUACCAGGGUGAUACCAACUGGUUCCAGUGUGGUUCCGACCGGUUCCAGGAUGGUUCCGACUGGUUACAGGGUGGUUCCGACUGGUUCCAGGGUGGUUUCGACUGGUGCCAAGGAACACCAAGGAGAAGAGAUGUAUUCGCGAAGAUAAGAGGGAAGACACUGCAAAUAAACAACGAGAAGUACACAAUCGAACAAUUACAGAGCAUGAAUUACACUGAGAAUCCAGAAGACCUAAACAAAAGUACAUCUCAAAAAGAAAUAACAAAGGCAGAUAGUGAACCAGCAACACCUACGACCAUAUCACAACUCACAUUUUUUGAGGACAGCAUCAGACACUUCGAAUUGAAAACUCCAAAAGAAAAUACCAAAUCAGAAGUAGUACUCGAACAAAAUGGAGAGUGUUCAACUAUCAAUCUGAAUGAGAACGUUUCCCAAAUUAGCGAGGUGAGAUCAAAAAUUAGUGAUGAACAAACAACUUGCUCAGGCUCUGCCUCAGGGCCUUCGGAAAUCCCUUUAUCCUCCAUACCCACUUUGGGCUCUUUGAGGGGGCCCGAAGCUCCACAUCCCUACCACGUCACAAUCCCAGGCUCGAACCGCGGGCCGGGGAACACAAGCAACCUCCGGGAUGCCAAGGCCGAUACUCAGGUGGGCUCUGCACCAGGGACCAGUCGAGUACCGGUACCCGACGAGAUGUCUUCCCCGGGGCCCUCAAACUUCGGAUCGAGGGGGGCCACAAAAAUGGCUCCUGGAUCCAAGGCUGAGAGGGCUCUGGAAGGAGAUAUCUCGUCGGAGAACCCCACCCUGUCCGAGGAGGAGCGCCUACUGAGCGACAAUGUUGCCCAGGUAGGAACUCGCCUUGGAGAGAUGAAGGUGAAACGGGCAAACCGCAGCGGGGCUGCCAAGCAAAGGGCGGCUCGCAGAAGAACGGAAGCCACGGCGAGCAAUCCAAACACACAGCCUGAACCGGAAGGUAAUAGGCAGCCACAAACGAGUUCCAAGGCUCAGACUGAGAAAAGUCAGGUGCCUAGGAACCCGAAGAAACCAGCCUACGCUGGAAAACGAUCGGCCAAGGGCAACGCAGGCUCACAGGUCCCCAAGGGAGCUGCGUGA